CUUGAAAUGCAGGAGGAGAUUGCAAGACCUUGAUGUUUGUUCAAAUAAGUCCAAGUGCAGCUGACUUGGGGGAAACCCUCUGCUCAUUGAAUUGGAAGUUGAUGAUACUUGUGCAUACUAGGAUUAAUAAUAGGAUACCCGUGCAUUAGAGCAACAAAAAAAGAGGAAAUAGUGAUGCCAAGGAGAAAAAGUUGCACAUUCGUAGGAGGUUUUUAGAAAUGAAGGGUGGCUAGGUUUUAUUUAAUACUCCCUCUGCCCUAAAACCAACUUCCCAUUGCAUUUUAUGAUGUUUGACCUAAGUUAUUUUUAAUUUAGUUUUUACGAAUACUGGUGUGGAAUUUAAAAAUAACAUUUACAUAUUUUAAAACUAAAAGAUCUAUGAAACUAGAGGUGACAUGAUUAUAACUAGAGGUGACAUGAUUAUAUUUUUUUAAUAAAAAAAAGUAACAAAAAGAAGCUAACAUAGUGGAUAGAGUUUGACUAGUAAGUAGUGAACGGGAAGAUAAUUUUAGGAUGGAGGGAGUAGCAUUUUGCGAGUUGUGCUUCGGCCCAUUAAGUUGUUUUCAAUGCUGGUUUACGCUGAACGCUUUGGUGAAAUUAAUUGUUAAUAACAACUAACAUAUUGACAAAUGGUGUACUAAAUCAAAACAUUUUUCAAUUUAAGAGGAUUAAAAAUUUAAAAUCUGUAUUAUCUUAAUAAAAGGAAAACGAUUUAACUUAAUUUGUAUGAUGAUUUUUUUUCACUUGUGUUAUCUAAAAGUGAUUAUUUAUUUUGGCAUGACACGUACAAGUACAUCUUAUUAUUUUAUCUGAUAUUGCUUUAAGUUUUUUUUUGUGAACAAUAUUGUGUAUAUUUAUUUUUUAUUACUUUAAGUCUUCAAGAUAUAAUGUCAUUGCACAAAUAAGAUGAAUUUUAUGGAGAAUAUCUUUUACCAUAUUUUAAUAAUUUUAUUUAUUGAUUCUAGGCGUAAGCCCAUAAGGCACAGUCUGCCCCCGGGUUUUCCUUUCAUUGCCUUGGCAUAAUUUUAUAAUGCUUCUUUAAAGAAAUAUUUAUGAAUUAAACUCAUUUAAAUUUAAAAUGAUAAAUUCUAUUCAAGCUCUGUUUAGACUUCGGAUGGGAAGGAUGAGGCUAAGAUUUAUAGGUAUAACUUUACAAAAUUGCAAUUUUAGAAUUUAAGGUGUAAUGUUGCGGCAGGUGGGGCUAGGGCUGCUCUAAACUUUGACAUGAGGGCAUAUGUGGGAAUUCACAAGGAAAUUCAUCCGGCCCUAUCCCCUUUGUUAGCAAUGGUGCCUCGUCCCAUGAGUUAAGUCAGUGGGGCUUCGCUGAGGAAAGAUCAAGCUACUAUCCAUGGUGUAAUUGUGCUAAAUGUUUUCCAUCAUGAUAAUGGCUUUACUUAUCUUAUGUGGCAGGUCAAGGCCCCUGUCAUUGUUGUGGGUUGUAUGCUUGACAUGAGGGAUGAUCAGCAAGCUAUUAGUUUGGAGCAGGUUAUGUUGCCCAUAAUGCAACAAUUCAGGGAGAUCGAAACAUGUAUUGAGUGCUCUGCGUACAAACUAAUUCAGGUUUCUGAAGUUUUCUACUACGGACAAAAGACUGUUCUGCACCCAACUGCUCCACUGUUUGAUCAGGAAGCUCAAACUUUAAGACCAAGAUGUGUGAGAGCUUUGAAACGAAUUUUCAUUCUUUGCGACCAUGAUAGGGAUGGAGCCCUUAACGAUUUUGGAUAACUUUCAGAGGGCAGUGGAACCGAAAUUGCAGCUAUAAUACAUAGAUUGGUGUAAUAGAUCUAUCAAAGUCGCUGCUCCAACGCUCCUUCCAUUGGAACUAGGAAGAGGAUUUCCGGUCAAGGAGAAGUUAAAGGGCUGUUCUCGGAGUUCUUAAUAGGCCGAACAAUGGAAUCUCUGCUGACCAAUUGACCAGUGAGCACAGUGAGCACAAUGCCUGUUCUCCAGUUGUUAGGGAAGAGCUCAGAUCUCGCCAUCCCGGAGAUGAAAAAAUUGUCGUCUUCAAAGACCAAGCUUGGCGUGUUAUAGGAAUCAUUCAGGUGAUGAGGUCCAUCGGAUCUUUCGUGGAGAUUUUUCAUAGCCUUAUUAGCAUCAGGUGCUCACCGAAUAACAGAUUAAAUCAGGCUUGGUCUU